AUGGUGGAAGGAGAACAAAACUCCCCCACGUGGAAGUUCACCCAGUGCUUCGGUGAUAAAGGUGACGUCGAAGACAUCACUGAGGCUGAUAUCAUUUCGACUGUCGAGUUCGACCACACGGGCAACUAUUUGGCGACUGGAGACAAGGGCGGCCGAGUCGUGCUGUUUGAGCGCAACGAGACGAAAAAAACCUGCGAGUACAAAUUCCACACCGAGUUCCAAUCACACGAGCCUGAAUUCGACUACCUGAAGUCCCUGGAAAUCGAGGAAAAGAUCAACAAGAUCAAGUGGUGCCGUCGCCAGAAUGCCUCGCACUACCUGCUGUCGACCAACGACAAGACGAUCAAGCUGUGGAAGGUGUUUGAGAAGUCAUUAAAGGUGGUGGCGGAGAACAACCUCUCGCAUGAUGUGACGCCUGGCAGUGCGGCAGGGCUGGGAGGUGGCGCGCCGAGAGCCAUUCCCCAGUCGACGUUCAAGAGUGCUGGUGAUCUCAAGUUACCGCGCUUGACACAUCACGACACAGUUGUGGCUGCCGUACCCCGCCGAACCUACGCCAAUGCCCACGCAUACCACAUCAACAGUAUCUCGGUCAAUAGCGAUGGCGAGACCUUUAUCAGCAGCGACGACCUGAGAAUCAACCUCUGGAACCUCAACAUCCAAGACCAGAGCUUCAACAUUGUUGACAUUAAACCAGCAAACAUGGAAGAGCUUACGGAGGUCAUCACUGCUGCUGAGUUUCACCCCUUGAGCUGCAACUGGUUCAUGUAUGCCAGUUCCAAGGGUACAAUCAAGCUGGCCGACAUGCGUGAGAGUGCGCUGUGCGAUCAGCACGCCAAGAUGUUUGAGCAAGAGGAAGACCCGUCCUCGCGGUCCUUCUUUUCCGAAAUCAUCUCGUCCAUCUCAGACGUGCGGUUCUCACAUGACGGCAGGUACAUCCUGUCACGCGACUACCUGACAGUCAAGAUUUGGGACGUCAACAUGGAGAGGCAACCCGUCAAGACCAUUCCGAUCCACGAGCACCUGCGGCCGAGGCUGUGCGACACAUACGAGAACGACAGCAUAUUCGACAAAUUUGAGGUGGUCUUCUCUGGAGAUGCCAAGAAUGUCAUGACGGGAAGUUACAAUAACAACUUCAUGAUAUACCCAUCUGAUCCUGAGAAGGAGACCGAAGUUGUCCUGCAGGCCGACAAGUCUGCUUUCAAGGCCAAGAAGAUCGGCAUUCCCACGCCAAUCAACGCUUCAUCGAGCCCGACAGCCACUAACGGCGGCAAGAAGGGCGGUUCUCGUGCCAACAGCCCAGCUGGACAAGGCCAGCGGAUGCGCAAGGAGACAGAUGCGGACCAGAUUGACUUCAACAAGAAGAUUCUGCACAUGAGCUGGCAUCCGUUCGAGGACAGCAUUGCUAUUGCAGCGACAAACAACUUGUUUGUAUUUUCUGCUCUCUGA